AUGGCAGAGCGUUUCCUUGAGCAACAAUCAGCUAUGCAGGCAACUUUGUAUUCACCUGAAAUGAUAAAGCAAUCCAGUAACCUUCCAGAUAUUACUGAAGCUGACUUUACUGCAGCUGAACAUGUAGUCAACAUUAUGAAAUGCAUGAAAACUGCAACGGUUGCAAUGUGUGAGGAGAAAGUACCAACUGUCUCUGUCGUAUCUCCACUCUUCAACAAGUUAACUAAAAGCUUCAGAGAAACAUCGGCAAACACUACAAACAAUGUUGCCAAGGAGAUACUGGAUGCCUAUGGGGACGGAUCUCUUGAAAAGGUCAUUGUGAAGGUUGAGAAAGAUGAUGCUACACGAUUACUACCAAGUUUACAGGGAAGCAAAGAUCUUGAUGCUCAUGAUGAGGAAACAACACCAGUACCACCUGUGUCCCCAAACAAGUCAUCUCCUGCAAAGAAGAAACCAAAAUGUGAAACAGCAUGUGCAUUAGAUGAUUUACUGGGUGAUGUGUUCAUAACAAAUGUUGAACCAGCAACAAAGUCACACCGAGAACAAGUGAAAGAUGAAAUAAAUAAGUACAGAAAUAAGCAGGGUGUGAAAAUGAGUGGAAACCCACUAGAAUGGUGGAAAAGUAACGAAACUGAGUUACCUUCUAUGUCAAGAUUGGCAAAACGGUAUCUGGGUGCCCCUGCCACUUCUGUACCUGCUGAGAGGGUUUUCUCUACAGCAGGGGACAUUGUUACUGCUCAGAGGUCAGGACUCAAACCAUCAUCAGUUGAUGCUUUAAUCUUUUGA